CGUGGGCCCUUUAAGCAGAACGAUGUGACGUCAUCGGGUCAGGGGUUUACAGCUAUGGCGUCGGGAAAUGGACUUGCUUCUCUGGGCGUGGAGGGAACUACAGCGGCCGCACAGGCUCUGUCUCUACCAGCUGAGGCUUAUGGGAACGAUCCUCAACUGGAAGUGAUGUGGGCGAUGAAGGCUUACAAUCACGCAGAGAUCUACUUCAAUCUGAUCUCGUCGGUAGACCCCAGUAAUCUGAAGUUGACCAAGGUGGAUGACCGGAUCUAUACAUCCUUCAAAGAAUCUUUCUCAGACCUCAACAUUAAGAACUUGGACCCAGACAUGCUCAAAACGGCAGAGGCCAAAGAGAAGUGGCGUCCAUUCUGUAACCAGUUUGACGGAGUGGUGGAGGACUUUAACUACGGGACUCUGCUACGACUUGACUGUGUGAAGGACUACACAGAGGAAAACACCAUAUUUGCCACCAGGAUCCAGUUCUUUGCCAUCGAGAUCGCUAGGAACAGAGAAGGAUUCAACACCCCUGUUUUCCAGGCUAAAAAGCAGCCUUCUUAAACCCAUACGCUAUAACCCAACCUGCUAUAACCUCUAACCCAGUAACAGAGAAAGUUGCCAGUCCUGUGUACCAGGUAAACACCCUUUAUAAACCAUACCACCGCCACCUCUAACACAGAGAAAGUUUUAACAACCCUGGUUACUAGUGUAAACAUUCCCAAUGCUUGACAUACCACCAUCUCCUUACAAACUUUUCCUGUGGUCACCCACCUUGUUGACAACAUAGAUGGUCUACUGGAAACUAGACCAGGGGCACGUUCAGCAGGGGUAUAUUCUUUGCGUCUUGCAACAAAAACAUUUAAGAUUUAAGAACCAAAACUAACCCCCCCCCCCCCCCCUCUCCACACACACGCCUGCAUCCCACAAGUGUGUGUGUGUACUGAUGUCUAAACUGAGCAUCGUAGCUAUAUGUAAUUAGCUUUCCUCUUAUUUGUGCCAAGCACUUCUGGGAUUGCGUAUGUCCUUGUACAAAGUUGUAAACGUCUUUCAAAUGGCACCAUAUUCUCUAUAGUGAACCACUUAUGACCAGAGUUCUGGCUAGCAGUUGUGCACUAAAUAAGAAAUAGGGUGUUCUUUCAGAUUUACCCAGUGUACCCGACUGCAUUUGGUUUCUGGCCUCGUCAUGUGUUUUAUAUAUACACACACACAGUUGAAGUCGGAAGUUUACAUACACCUUAGCCAAAUACAUUUAAACUCAGUUUGUCACAAUUCCUGACAUUUUAUCCUAGUAAAAAUUCCCCGUCUUAGGUCAGUUAGGAUCACCACAUUAUUUUAAGAAUGUGAAAUGUCAGAAUAAUAGUAGAGAAAGUCAUUUUCAGCUUUUAUUUUUCAUCACAUUCCCAGUGGGUCAGAAGUUUACAUACACUCAAUUAGUAUUUGGUAGCAUUGCCUUUAAAUUGUUUAACUUGGGUCAAAAGUUUCAGGUAGCCUUCCACAAGCUUCCCACAAUAAGUUGGGUGAGUUUUGGCCCAUUCCUCCUGACAGAGCUGGUGUAACUGAGUCAGGUUUGUAGGCCUCCUUGUUCGCACACGCUUUUCAGUUCUGCCCACAAAUUGUCUAUAGGAUUGAGGUCAGUGCUUUGUGAUGGCCAUUCCAAUACCUUGACUUUGUUGUCCUUAAGCCAUCUUGCCACAACUUUGGAAGUAUGCUUGGGGUCAUUGUCCAUUUGGAAGACCCAUUUGCAACCAAGCUUUAACUUCCUGACUGAUGUCUUGAGAUGUUGUUUCAAUAUAUCCACAUAAUUUUCCUACCUCAUGAUGCCAUCUAUUUUGUGAAGUGCACCAGUCCCUCCUGCAGCAAAGCACCCCCACAACAUGAUGCUGCCACCCCCGUGCUUCACGGUUGGGUUGGUGUUCUUCGGCUUGCAAACAUCCCCCUUUUUCCUCCAAACAUAACAAUGGUCAUUGUGGCCAAACAGUUGACUCAAAUUAUGUCAAUAAGCCUGUCAGAAGCUUCUAAAGCCAUGACAUAAUUUUCUGGAAUUCUCCAAGCUGUUUAAAGGCACAGUCAACUUUGUGUAUGUAAACUUCUGAUCCACUGGAAUUGUGAUUCAGUAAAUUAUAAGUGAAAAUCUGUCUGUAAUCAAUUGUUGGAAUAAUGACUUGUCAUGCACAAAGUAGAUGUCCUAACUGACUUGCCAAAACUAUAGUUUAUUAACAAGACAUUUGUGGAGAGGUUGAAAAACGAGUUUUAAUGACUCCAACCUAAGUGUAUGUAAACUUCCGACUUGAACUGUAUAUAUAUAAUUAUUUUUUUUAUACCUGAAUCUGAAUAAAUGGAUGUCAAAAAUCAA